GUAAACUUUCACCUAAAGCACAAUUAAAAAAAAAAAGAAAGAAAGAUUGGUGGUUCCAACGCAAACAGCGGCACCACGGAAGAAAAAAAUAGAAAACAAAUGAAAUAAUAUACGUAAAAUGUUUAGAACAUAACACGUGUAUAAUAAAUGGUAGCUAUUACUAGCGGUAGCUUCACCAUAGACUUUCUGGUUGGGCAUACCUGGACAUUACACCUAUAAAAGUUCUACAGUCAUUUUCAAAAUGUUGCCCUUCUUCACGGAUGGGCUGGAGUUUCCCAAACUCUGCCUGUCCUUACCCAGCCCUCACCCUACCAGCUGUUGAGACAGGCCUAGAUGAUUCCAACAGCUUUCAUCCCACUCUCCAAUACGUGAGAGUGUUUUAAGGACGAAGUUUCCUCGGGGGCAGGUUUGACACCAAACACAGGACAGGAGAAGGAGCCUGGUUCCUUUUACCUAAGACGAGUCCGGGAACCGGCGCCCACUGGUCUGAAGACACAAAACCUCUCCUUGGGCAGCUCAACCAUCCACCCCUCUCUGCGCCAGGGAACGCCUGACCUAGACGCGACGCCCUCUCCCGUCUCCCCGCGCGGCUUCCAGACGGCAGCAGUUCGAGGCCCGGAUGGCGGCCAUUGUGAUCCUGGUGCCCAAAAGCCGCUGGUGCUGGGACGAGCCGGUGCACAUCGUGGUGCGCGGGCUGGCGCCGGGGCAGAAGGUCACGCUGCGCGCGUCCCUGCGCGAUGAGAAGGGCUUCCUCUUCCGGGCCCAGGCGCGCUACUGCGCGGACGGUGGCGGUGAGCUGGACCUGGCGCGCGCGCCCGCGCUCGGGGACAGCUUCUUGGGCCUUGAGCCUAUGGGAGUCAUCUGGGCGCUGGAGCCCAAGAAGCCCUUGCUGCGGCUGGUGAAGCGGGACGUACAGACGUCCUUCGCGGUGGAGCUGGAGGUGCUCGAGGGCCACGAGCCCGAGCCGCGGCGGGUUCUGGGCCAGGCGGUGCAUGAGCGCCACUUCCUGCCCCCGGAGUGCGGAGGGAGCCGGUGCGCGCGCUGGGUGCGCGCCACGCUCUUCCUGCCGCCGGGUGAGCGACCUACUUCACUAAUUGUCUUCCUGUGAGGAUUGAUGGGUAGGAGAGGUUGUGCUCUUAGCGGUCAGUCUUUACUGAGGGGACAUAGCAGACUUUUGUAUGCCUGUGCCUACACCAAUCACCCAUGCCUGUCUAGGACUGUAAGUGAGAGCCUACACCACACACUUGGGGGUGACCUCUGCCUCUCCAUGGCCUCGUUCCUGAAGGGCAUCACGGCUGCCACCAUAAUCAAUGGCUCUGUGGCCAAUAUUGGGGGAGUCUUACACUACAAAGACGAGACCCUGCCCCCCUUGAGUGCCAACAGAAAUCGAAUCAAGGUGAUCAAAGAUGGCAUUGUAGACAUCAAUAGCCCUUUGGAAGGCCCUGACCAGAAGAGCUUCAUUCCUGUGGAAAGGGCUGAGUGUACCUUCCUGUUCCUUGUUGGUCUGGAUGACCACAACUGGAAGAGUGAGUUCUAUGCUAAUGAGGCCUCUAACCGCUUACAGGCCCAUGGUAAGGAAAAGCCCCAGAUCAUCUGUUACCCAGGGGCCGGAGAUUAUGUCAGGAAUGGAGGACAAAGACCAAAUUCUUUAGAUAAAGUUAAUGUAAACCCUGCAGCCAGAUUAAAUCAGUUUGUAAAAUUCCAUUUAAAGUGCAUGCAUUUGUGUGGCUGUACAGUCAUGGUGCUGCACAACGUCUGUCUGGGUGAAGGCUGCGCAGCUGGGCGGGAUCAGGCCAAGUCCUCACCUGAGGUGUCCAUUAUAGACGCUGCCCCAGCAGUGUGCCCCACAGCAGACCCCAGCCUCGUGGACCCAGGUGUUCACACAGUGUCCAAAUCAUAUAAUAUCAAUGUCACAGAACAUGUCAUGGACUUUAAGCAACACUAUAUGUGUAUUAGGUUUUGCAAGAUGGGGUUGAUGAUGGAAGGCAUCUGA